AUCUACCCAACUUACCUAUCUGUCAUUGUCUUAUCAAUUUAUAUUAUCAACCUUUUAUGCACAUGACUAAUAAAUCAUUCACUCUCCGCAGUUGACAUAUUGAAUAAUUCUGACUUUAUUGCAAACGUAACGUAAUAUUUCGUUGGUUAAAUUUUUGUCAAAUUUUAAGUAAUUUAAACACUAGUAACCACCACAAAAUGUCUACCACGACAAGGAACCCGUGUUGCAUGCCCUUGAAAAAGGGCGUCACCAUCAUGGCAGUUAUCGACGUGAUUUUAAGUACGAUCUACCUCAUCGUCCUCAUUGUCGCCGUGGUAAAAUAUUCUCGAGAUAGUGACAAGGAAGACGACGACAGGGACGAAGAGGUCGCCAUCUGGACGUCCGUCUUCGUUAUAAUCUUGGCCGGGUUGGGUCUCCUCUUGUCCUUACGCCUCUACAAUGGUGCCGUCCACUCGAACAUUUCCUACUGUCGGUUGUGGUUAAUUAUCAAAUCCGUCCUUUACGGUUUGACGUGCUGCUCCUCAUUAUCAACUCGGCCGCGGGAAAAUACGAGGCAGGUCAGCUGGUCAUUAACAUAAUCGUGCUUCUCUACCGUCUUUACAUGGCGUACUGCGUCUACUGCUUAAUUCAAGAGUUUAAAGCGCAACAGAGGACGCUAGCGUUUCACGCGUCGAUGGAGGCUGGGAUUGUGUACGGAAACCCGGCAAGACAACCGGUCACUCCGGUCAUCAAUGUGGUCGCGGGUGAUGGUUACACGUACAGUAUUAAUCAACAGGCGGAACGACAAGGUCAGCAUCAAGGGCACGCCACAGCAGGAUUAUAUGUAAAUGAUAUAAGUAAUUAGUAUGGCGGAUUCGUUUCUAGUGUAAAUUUAGGUGGAUGUUAAUUGUGUGACAUUAAUGUAAGAUAAGGUAAAUUAUGCGAAUAAUAGUGCCCAUCAAAACAUUGUUAAAUAUAUUUAUUUUUGUGAUUAUUGAGUAAUAUCCGCUCUGUUACAUACAUAUAACUUUCGGGUGACUGCAUAUUGAAUUGAUCGAUUUUUGUACAAAAUGCUGCAUGUUUCGGUUGGCUCAGGCCGAAAAUCAUAACAUCAGUUGCAGAGCAGUAAAGUAUUAUUUACUCUUCCAAAAAGUUUAUGCAGUGCUCUAAAGAAUUAUACAUUUCUUAUAGCCCUAUAAAUAAUGCUUCCUUAGGAUGAGGAAAGGUUGAGUUGAUUGAUCGACUUCAUUAUUCUGGAUUCACAAUAAGUAUUUCUUCGGUUCAUACAUAUCUAUAUAAAUACAUAUAAACAUGUAUUGGACACAUAAAAUAUAUACCUAAGCACAGUAUGGAUUACAUAUUUAUAUACAUACAGAUAUAUUCUUAAAUGCCAUGUAAACUCACGUCGUUUUCGUAUCUAUGUAAAUAAAUAAUGUUGCAAAUCA